AUGAUAAAUUACCAACUUGGUGAAUGGAUUAUGCAACUGUUAUGUUUGAUUCCAAUUCAAAUUGCUGUAUCAAAGAAUCAUAAAUUCCAACCGUUAUGUGAUGGAAAAUUAAAAGCAGAAAGUGAACAGUCUGAUGGAUGUCAUAUUAUGAACGAUAUAACUCGUAAUAUAUCUUUUGAAUGGUAUGAAGGAAUCCUUAAUCAUUUUGGGGAUCGCAAUAUUAAAGUUGUUUCAAGUAUGGGUGAACAUUCUUGCGGAAAGCAUGGAAAUAUGUCACAAAUUGCACAAAUUGAGUCAAUUGGAGAAGAUAAUGAAUCAGAAUACGCAGGGUAUGAUAUACAUAAACAAUGCUGUAAAGAUAUAGGUAAACACCAUCAUAUCGAUUACAGUCAAAAUGAAGAAAAUUCUGAUCAAGGAAAUGAUGGCUUGUUAAUG